AUGCUGCGAACGUCGACGACUCGACGUCCUACAUGCUUCGUACUGACUGGCACUGGCAAAGGUAUUUCGGGGAGCAGCAAGCGCACACCCGACGGCUACGGAGCCGGAGCAGCUGCGAAUACGACUGCGACUGCGACUGGGACUGCCGUAUCAGUUGCUACCUCUGACUGGUCACUAUUGUACACGUUCGAAGAGAUGGAGCAGAUCAAAAUCGCCCACCGCAAGUGCUCAAGCUGGUCCGACUACGUUGCGCUGACGGCCGUGCACGUAGCCCGGUGGGGCUUCGACCUAGCGACGGGGUACAAGCACGACGCGGCGGUAGCACUCGGGAAGAAGGACCCCGCUGCAGCGGUGCAGAAGUACGCCAUGAACGAGUCCAAGUGGCUGACGCGGGUGAUCUUCCUCGAGUCCAUCGCGGGCGUCCCCGGUAUGGUCGGCGGAAUGGUGCGACAUCUCCACUCGUUGAGGCUCCUCAAGAGAGAUAAUGGCUGGAUCGCGACGCUGCUCGAGGAGAGCCAGAAUGAGCGCAUGCAUUUGCUCACGUUCCUCAAGUUCCGCGAGCCGGGGAUCUUCAUGCGCACCAUGCUGCUGGGCGCUCAGGGAGUCUUCUUCAACUUCUUCUUCCUCGCAUACCUGAUCUCGCCGCGCACGUGCCACCGCUUCGUCGGCUACCUCGAGGAGGAAGCGGUGAUCACCUACACGCGGAUCAUCGCGGACCUCGACGCCGGCAAGCUCCCGAGCUGGGAGGGCAUGGAGGCGCCGCAGAUCGCGAAGGACUACUUCAAGCUCCCGCCGGGCAACGAUAGCGUCAAGGAUCUGCUCCUGGUAGUCCGCGCCGACGAGGCAAAGCACCGCGAGGUAAACCACACCCUGGCCAACCUGGAGCAGAAGAUGGAUCCGAACCCGUACGCUGCCGUGUGGCCAGCCGGAGUCCCAACGCCCAGCAAGGGAUACCAGUGGAUCAAGGGCACUGGCUGGGAGCGUGAGGAGCUGGCGAAGUUGGCGGCGGAGAAGCCGGCCGCAGUCGUCAAAGUUUAAUUCUCCUUUUCCUUUUCGUUUUGGGUAUGAUAGAAGCGGCGGCGUUUUGGUUGGGAAUUUCUUUGUCUUUUUCCUUGUCUGCGAAGACGGCGAUAAAUACCUAGUGGGCGUCAAUAUUGUCUUGUCUUUCUCUGGUUUCCUAACAUCUCUCCUAUAUCCAUUUUGUUGUUUGUCUUUGUCUUUGUCUGCGCGAUUCCUAGGAUAGAAUCAUAGAAAGGGCUUUGAGCCUGAAGAAUUUCAUUUUUUCUCUUCCGUAUUCUGCGCCUAAUCCCCGCGGUAAUCAUCGUAUAAAACCCCAUCUGGGGCAAAGUAUCCCGUCUCGCCAUCGCUUAGUACCCCCGCAACAGCCCACCUCUUACCCUCACCCACCCUUACCCUCACACAUCGCUCGGCACCGGCGGCUCCUCAUAACUCUUGACCUUCCUAAACCCCUCCUCGCCGUUCUUGACUGCGACCUCUU